AUGUAUCAGAAGAAUGCAUACCAGAGACCGAAUGCGAGCACGAGCCCGCAGCCGCCAUCCUUUGAGGAAACGAUAAAUGUCAGUAAAUCUGCAGGUAGACUUAGUCUGUUUAAAGACAUUUGGGCUUUGAUCACCAGUGAUCUUAUUGUUUUAACAUGGAUAUCAGGCUAUGAGAUACCUUUUAGCCAGUUUGCUCGACAAAAUACCACUCCGACAGAGUCCAAGGUUUGUUCUAGACUCAGAGAGAAUAGAUGGUGGUUAAUUUGCAAUCAACAAGAAAUACCAAGAUAUCUUUUUAAUAUUACGCACAUAUUGAACUUCUUAACACAAGAAUUUAAUAGAGAUGCGUCAUAUGGAUCCAUCAACUCGUAUAAAUCAGCGUUAUCACUGUUACUGGGGGCGGAAGUGAGACAAGACGCCAGAAUUAAGAGGUUUUGUAAAAGUAUCGCUAAUAUAAGGCCUCCAAAGCGAAAAUACAAUGGAACAUGGGACCCAGACGUGGUUCUCAAACUUUUAAAUCAAUGGCCAGAAAAUGGUGAUCUGUCCUUAAAACGACUGUCAUUUAAGUUAGUUAUUCUUCUAGCACUAACAACAGGCCAUCGCAUGCAAACUUUUUCACUAAUUAAUGUCUUAGAUGUUCAGAAACAGCGGGAAGCUAUUGUUAUAAAAAUUCCAGCAACAAUUAAGACUUCUGGCCCUCGUCAAGCACAACCGACCCCUUACAUUACCAUUUAA